CCACUAAUCGCCACCACUUUUUCCAAUAUUUAAUUUAAAAUCCUCGGUUUGACCGAUUUUAAGCGCUCUUAAUUCUGUCUCGUUUUGUCCACUUGUUUUGUAAUUUUUCUGUGUCUCUUUCGUUCUCGUUUAUAUGAGGCUGUUGGUGCGUACACUCUUAACCUUCACUCUCCUCUCUUGUUGCUGGGUUUCAGCUCAAUGUAGCUUCACGUAGUACAGUUGUCGUCUUCGCUACAGUAACGGGAUUGUGUGAUCUGUUGAUAUUUUUGGUUGGAUAUUAUUGACUGUUUACAUAGUUGAUGGGAGGAGAGAUGGUUGCAGAAUCUUGGUUUGGUAAUUUGCGGUGGAUUUCUUGGAAGAGUGGUUCGCAGACUGACAGGGCUGUGAUUGGAAUUUUGGCAUAUGAAGUGUCAAACUUGAUGUCAAAGGUGGUUUGUAUGUGGCAUUUCUUAAGUGAAAAGGAGGUUUUCAGGUUAAGGGAAGAGAUUGUGUACUCAGUUGGAGUACAAAAGCUUGUUUCUGAUGAUGAUGAUUAUCUUAUGGAUCUUGUAUUUGAUGAGAUCAUUGUGAAUUUUGGAAACGUGGCAAGGUCCGUAGCUCGGUUUGGCAAGAGGUGCACAGACCCUGUAUAUCACCGAUUUGAGAAUUUCCUUAAUGAUCCCAUUCUAAAUAAUUUUGAAUGGUUUGGGUGGGAAUAUAAAUUAAAGAAGAUGGAGAGGAAAGUGAAGAAAAUGGAGAGAUUUGUUGCAGUUUUAAUGCAGUUAUCUCAAGAGUUGGAAGUGCUGGCAGAGCUUGAGCAAACUCUUAAGAGAAUGCAGGCCAACCAUGACUUAGAUCAGGUGAAAUUGCUUGAGUUCCAACAGAAGGUAAUGUGGCAGCGCCAGGAAGUGAAAAGUCUGCGUGAGAUGUCUCCGUGGGUUCGAACUUAUGAUUACACUGUCAGACUCUUGGUAAGAUCACUUUUUACAUUACUGGAAAGGAUAAAACAAGUUUUUGGGGUUAACCAAAUGGCCUCCAUGGAAGGAAGUAAUGAUUGUGAACAAAGGAAUGCUGAAUUUCUUUCUCGCAGCCAAUCCUUUUCUGCUCCUUUGCAAUCUUUGGUAUAUCCUUCUGAGAAUAAUCUUUGUGGAUUCUCUUCAGCACCUCCUGGAAAGUUGGUUUCAAAAUCAAUUCUGAUCACUCACAAGAAUAAACCAAAUAUGAAGCUAGGACAGUUCAUUCAAGAGUCUGAUACUGUACUUGAAAGGCUUCCCCAUUCUAAAUCAAAACGAUUGGCUCAUGUUGCACCUUUCAAAGGAUGUAUGAUGGGUGGGGCCGAUUCUCCGAUAGUAGAGAGUUGCAAGCCAAAGGGUGGUUCUAUGAGGUUCACUAAUGUAUCUAUGAAAACCAGUGAGAAAAUGAGAAUUAUGAAUAAGGGAUCACUUUCUAGCAACAACAGAAUAUAUUACAAGCUCUCUCGCAUGAAUUCCAAACAUGGGUUGUUGAAAGCCCCUCCAUCAACUCUUGGUGAUGCUGCAUUAGCCCUCCACUAUGCAAAUGUUGUUAUAUUGAUUGAGAAAUUAGCUUCAUCUCCUCACAUGAUUGGCCUUGACACAAGAGAUGAUCUGUACAAUAUGUUACCCACAACCAUAAAAGGUGCUCUGAGGGCUAGGCUUAAGGCAUAUUCAAAAUCUUCACGUUCAUCUGCUUAUGAUGCUUCCCUUGCAGCUCAAUGGACUUCGGCAUUGGAUCAGAUAUUGGACUGGCUGUCACCAUUGGCUCAUAACACGACGAGGUGGCAGUUAGAGCGUAGUUUUGAGAAGGAAAAUGUGGUUUCCAGGUCAAAUGUGCUUUUGGUGCAGACACUCUACUUUGCAAAUCAAGCAAAAACUGAAGCUGCAAUUACAGAGCUCCUUGUGGGGCUGAACUAUGUCUGUAGGGUUGGUAGAGAAUCUAAAGGAAAGGCUUUGCCAGAGUUUGCUGGAAACAGGGUUUAUGAUGAUUGUCUACCCAAGUGAAAAGACAUUACUUACAGUAGGAAGAAGGUAAGUAGUUUCAUAAAUCAAUCUACCCUGUUUAAAUUGGUUUGGUUGGUUAGUGCCAUAGGCAAAAAUUCUAUGACUGCUUGUCGAAGUGUUGGAACUUGGAACAGAGAAGGCUUUUUAACCAAAUCUUUGUAUCUCAUUUAGAUCAAGGCUUUGUGAGUUAUUUUGUGGUGAUGCACAUAUUCUUUUAUUUGUUUGAGUAGUGUACAAGUUUGGUUCCCUCUUGCCGCUACAUUGUAAAUCAUUUGUAUCUUAACAUGCAGUUCACUUCAGUUCCCAGAUGACAUAUCUAUGUGAAACUUUUUUGCAUGUUUGUAACUUUUGAAUCCAAGCUGGAUCUCACCCAGCAAUUAUUCCUAUA